AGUCAUUCCUUUAUUUCUUUUACAUCAUUUCUCUUCUCUACAAUUUCUUCUCUGCAAUUUAUUUUCUUUCUACAACAAGGAUAAUGAGAGCGAUACAUCUGAAGUGAAGUUGGUAGAGAUAGCCGCCGGCUAACUGGUAUGCUAAUGCGUCACAUACCUGCUUUCACGAGAGUUGCACUUUCAGUUUCAAGCGGGAAAUUUGAAAAGCCAAUGUUGGGGUCAAUGCAAGAUUUAUCCACAAUGAUGAAGCACACUUUAGCAAGUGAUUUUAUUGGUUCUCAAGUUCUUAACCUCGUACAAAGUCAGGCCAUGGCCAUAGCUAGUGACCACAUAGCGCGAUCUUCGUUGGAAAGUAUGUCCCAAAAUGCAGGCCAAACGUCCCUUGGAAUCUUAGAGAGGCGGGAGAAUAUGAAUUGUGACAUAUUUGAGGAGGUACGUAUGGACGAGUAUUAUAAAGAUAUUGGUCCCAAGCGCUUCACAUUUUCGGUGCGUUGGCCCUUCACGAUGCGUGGAGCUAAGAUAGAGGAGCUCAAGGAGACGAUGUACACGCACGGUUUAUGGCCCACUCCAAGACUUAUUCUUACAUAUGAACAAUUGAAAAAUGAUCAUGAUAAACUUUUUGACGAGCCUAACUUCAAUAAGAUGUUUGACAAGUACAAAGAAGAGGUAUUAGAAGUUUGGCCUGAUUUGAAGAAUCCAACAUGUCUGAUGGCUGCCAAGAGACUGAUAAUCAAAGGGUGGAAUUGGCACGGCAAGCCUGCCGGCAUAAAAUCCACAAUGUAUCUAUAUUAUGGACUUGCAUUGAGAAAUGCAAUACCAGAUAAUUUUGGUAUUCCUGUUGGAGUGCCCAUGACGCUGAAGGAUGCAUCCAAGUAUGCUAAAAAUGUGAUGAUGGAACUGAAAAUAUUUGGAAAGGAGAUUGGCGCACCUGUGUAUCCUGAGAUAUACACUAGCAUUCGUCAAAGUGGUGCGCCUUUUAUCAUUAAUGAGAUAAGGCCACAUUUCACAAGAGUGUUGGUGAAUGGUAAAGCUGAAUUUAGAGCUAUUGGUGUGGAAGAUAACAAAUAUUACACUGGAGCGGCCAAUCAUGAAAAGUCGAUUGUCAUUUUGCCAACGCGACAGCAGCAUCUAUCCAGUGACUUCAGCUCAGCUCAGCCCACACGUUUCAACUCAUCUCAACCAUCGUGGUUCAGUUCACCUCAGGGGCGCCUUUGAUCAAAUUGUGCAACCACUCUGUGAUGAGUACUUGAAUCGUACUCAUAACGAACGUCAUAUUCCAUUAUUUCGGGUGGAACUCCAGGUGCAGCUGGUUCUACUUCAACAGGCUCCUCUGCAACGGGAUCCUCCUGAGGAUUACUAGUUGAACCUUGGUGGGAUUUAUCUUUUCUCCUACGCCUACCCAUUUGCGAGUAACUAGCUAGUAA